AUGGCUGCAGAAAAUCACAGGAAUGGGAUGGCCCUAAAGGAAGUGUGGAGGAGAGAAGAAAACGCCUUAUGUGCCGAUUGUGGGAAACCCAAUCCUGACUGGGCCUCCUACACUUUGGGUGUCUUCAUCUGCUUAGACUGUUCAGGGAUCCAUCGCAAUAUCCCCAGUGUCAGCAAAGUUAAGUCGCUAAGGAUGGACCAUUGGGAUGAAGCACAGGUGCAGUUUUUGGCCCAGCAUGGGAAUGCAGUGGCUAAAGCCACAUAUGAAGCCCACGUUCCUAUUUACUAUUACCGUCCAGUGCACACUGACUGCCUACUCCUAAAAGAACAAUGGAUACAAGCCAAGUAUCAAUGGAAGGAAUUCAUGGAGCCAGGAAAACAACCACCAUAUUCCAACGGUCUGAAGGAAGGGAUCCUGUGGAAAAGAGGCAGAGACAAUGGGCAGUAUUUUCAACGUAGGUUCCUCUUGUCUGAGAAAGAGGGGUGUCUCAAAUAUUUCACCAAACAUGAUGCCAAAGAACCAAAAGUAAUUAUUAAAAUUGACACUAUCAAUGCCACAUUCCAGCCGGAGAAGAUUGGGCACGCCAAUGGCCUGCAGAUCACCUAUCUCAAAGAUAACAAGACUCGCAACAUCUUCCUCUACCAUGAGGACGGAAAGGAAAUGGUGGAUUGGUUCAAUGCAAUCCGUGCAGUACUGUUCCACUAUCUGAAGGUGGCCUUUCCUGUUGCAAGUGAUAAAGAGCUCAAGAGCCGGUUGACACGGAAUUUCCUGAAAGAAGGCUAUAUGGAGAAGACUGGACCCAAGCAAAAGGAACCCUUCAAGAAACGCUGGUUCACAUUGGACCAUCGCAGACUGAUGUACUUCAAGGAUCCUUUGGAUGCUUUUGCUAAAGGCGAGGUAUUUGUGGGGAGUGGAGACAACGGGUACAGUGUUAAGCAAGGGUUGCCGGUUGGUGUUCAGGGAAGCUUCACCUGGCCAUUCGUCAUCACCAUUGUCACCCCCGACCGUGAAUACCUUUUUACCUGUGAGACAGAGAGAGAUCGGCAAGAGUGGGUUGCAGCCUUCAGCAGUGUUAUAGAGCAGCCCAUGACACCUCAGGAGUAUGCAAUUGAAGCUUAUUUCAAGCUCAAGCCCUGAUGUUCAUGAAGAGAGAACUUGACAGCUAAACUACU